ACAGGUUUCAUGCAAGAAAACCAACCAGGCAGGGGAGCAUUUUGAGCAGUGACACAUCCGCAGACAAGAAGCAGAAGUUUGAGCGAAGUGUCAGCUCACCCCAUGACGUUUUAUCGCAUGACUUUGAUCCUACAGAGAGUUCGUCCAGGAAGGCAAAAUCUGCUUGGGAUGAGAGUAGGCACGAGACCUAUGGUUUGGUACAGCGGUGUGUGAUAAUUCAACGGGAUGAGAAUGGCUUUGGGUUAACUGUCAGUGGAGAUAACCCUGUCUUCGUUCAGUCGGUUAAGGAAGAUGGCGCUGCCAUGCGAGCUGGAGUGCAGACAGGGGACCGCAUCAUCAAGGUUAAUGGAACACUGGUCACACACUCUAACCAUCUGGAAGUGGUAAAGCUUAUAAAGUCUGGCUCAUAUGUAGCCCUUACAGUUCAAGGUCGACCUCCGGGGUCUCCUCAUAUCCCCCUCUCUGAGGGGGAUCCAUUCUCUCCAGCACCUUUACCUCCUUACUCACCAAUCAGUCAUGGGCACCUUGAAAGAAUUACUAGCCCUAUACCCAUGGGGGAGGAGAACAAUAUUGUGCACAACCAGAAAUUAGUGAUACUAAAGAAAAUGUUACAACAGGAAAAAGAACAGUUACAGUCUUCCCAAGAGGAGUACAACAACUCCCCAUCCACACGGCUUUACAAGGAGAUCCAGGACACCAAGAAACACAUACAGCAACUUCAGGAGCAGCUGGGUAAAACCAAGUCUCCAAUGCAGAUAAAUGAACUUGAUGCAGAUUCCUAUGACCAAGAACGUUCUGAAUACAUCAUUGGGGAUGGAUCAUGUCCAAGCAGUAAUGUUAUAGAUAGUCCAUGCAGCAGACAGCGAGAAAAAAAAUUCCAUAGAAGAAAGCCCAGAGAAAAGUGAAUAUCAGGACACGGAUUCACAGUCUAGCAUGGGAAGUCCAUCGACUCGGAUUUCACACAGCAUUAUUGGUGCAGAAGAUGAGGAAUUUGAUGCUGAACCAGAACAGCCGGUGAACGAUCAGUGUAGCUGCUUCCUAAGUAUGGAUAUGUUGAAGACUCAUCCUGCUCACCUUGCGGUCUUCAUGUUCCAUGUGGUUUCACAGUUUGACCCGGCUCCAUUGCUCUGCUACUUGUAUGGUGACCUUUAUAAGCAAACAAACCCAAAGGAGACUCGCAGAAUAUUCCUGGAAUUCUACCAGUUCUUUCUAGAGAGGACAGCGAAUCUUCGGGUUUCUGUCCCAGAAGACCUUGCACUGGAGUUGGAAAAAAGACGACCAGAAUUAAUACCCGAAGAUUUGCUUCGACAGUAUGUCCACACUAUGCAGGAGAAGGUGUACCCAGAAGUCCAGAAACUGUUGGAAGACUUCAGGCAGAAACGCAGCAUGGGACUGACCUUAGCGGAGAGUGAACUUGCCAAACUAGAUGCCGAACGCUCCAGAGAACGCCAGACGCUUGAAAAAGAAAGACUAUGUGCCGAACCAAUUUUGCAGAAAAUUGAUGACAUUUUACCAUCAACACAGACACCUGAGGACGAAAAAUGUGGCACCAUACAGUAUGUGAUCCUGACCUACAUGAAACAUCUUGGCGUAAAAGUGAAGGAACCUAGGAUACUUGAACAGAGGAGGGGCCGUAUUGGUUUCUUACCAAAAAUUAAGCAAAGCAUGAAGAAAGAAAAAGAAGGUGAGGAAAAGUGGAAACGUAGAGGACUUUCUAGCAUUCUGGGACCUCCAAGGAGACCCAGCCGGCAAGAUAGUAAUGCAAUUUCCAGGGCUAUGCAAAUGCAAAAGCACCCCAAGCACUUAUCAACAUCCUCAUCCAGCAGUCCUGAGCCUGCAGAGGGCAGAUUGCGAACCAGUGGAGGCUCUAUGGAUGGACCGGAUGGUUCUUUGAACCUGUUUUCUCCACCACCUAGUACUUGUCCAGGCUACAACUCACCUGAUGGUAACCGGGAACAGGAGGGAGGUUCAAAAUUUGCACAAGAAGGAGUUCAUUCCACUGACUCUUGUGAUGGAAGUUCAAGAACAUCUGGUUCUCUCUUUGACUUCCCUUCCUCUCCACUGGAUCUUUUACAGGAAGAGAAUAAAGACACAGAUCGGUUUAGCGAACUGGGCACACCGAAAGCUUCCCGAAAGUUGGAAAGUCUGACCCUUGGUGAAAUGCAAAGUGAAGAUGAACUGUAUGAUUUGGAUAGGGAGAUGGAUCCUCCCAGUUGGCAGCAACUUGUUAGCAGAGACAUUCUUCAGGGUCUGAAACCACAUGAGAUUAAACAGCAAGAGGUCAUACAUGAAUUGUUCUAUACCGAGACAGCACAUGUGCGGACACUAAAUGUCCUGAACCAGGUCUUUCACCAGCGAGUAAAACGUGAAAACCUAUUGACACCUGCUGAAACGAGAAGUGUGUUUUCCAAUCUAGAGGAGAUCCUGCAACUUCACGUGGGGCUUAAAGAGCAGAUGAAAGCAGUCAGAAAGCGUUACGGGACCUCUGUCAUUGAACAGAUUGGAGAUGAUGUUCUAAGCUGGUUCUGCGGACCAGAGGAAGAGAGGUUAAAGCAGGCAGUCGCCACGUUUUGUAGCAAUCAGCCCUUUGCCUUGGAGAUGAUAAAGUCCCGGCAGAAAAAGGACCCUAAAUUUUUAAUGUUUGUUCAGGAUGCCGAGAGUAAUCCUUUGUGCCGGCGCUUACAGCUAAAGGACAUUAUCCCUACUGAGAUGCAGAGGCUCACUAAAUAUCCCUUACUUUUGGAUAACAUUGCCAAGUAUUCCGACCAACCAGAAGAAAAGAGAAAGGUAAAAAAGGCUGCAGACCAUUGUCGGAGUAUUUUGAAUCAUGUCAAUCAAGCUGUACGAGAAGCUGAGAACAAGCAGAGGUUAGAAGAUUACCAACGAAGACUUGACUUGUCCUACCUCAAGCCAGGAGAGUACCCUAUGAUUGAUGAGCUGAGAAAUCUAGAUUUGACGAAAAGGAAGAUGUUUCAUGAGGGGCCUUUGGCUUGGAAGGUGAAUCGAGACAAGAUCAUUGAUCUCUAUACAUUGUUGUUAGAGGAUAUUUUGGUCUUGCUGCAAAAACAGGAUGACAAAUUGAUCCUUAGAUGUCACAGUAAGAUUCUGGCAACCACCUCAGACAGCAAACACAUUUUCAGUCCUGUGAUCAAACUUAACACCGUGCUUGUACGACAAGUGGCAACAGAUAACAAGGCACUCUUCGUAAUUUCAAUGUCUGACAACGGGGCACAAAUUUACGAGCUCAUCGCCAGCACAGUCUCUGAGAAAAAUGUUUGGCAGGACCUAAUAACCAGUAUGGCGGCUUCAUGUAAAGGAGAGGAGGAUCACAGACCUGCAAUUCCUCUAGAUCCACCAGGGAUUACGCAUGAAGAGGAACACGAAAAUGGAGACAAACAGAAGGGGGACCAUGAACAACAAGGACAGGGUGUGCCUAGUUCAGACAAGGACCCAGAAACUGAAGGCACGACUUUGCCCAUGUCUGUUCCCCAUGCUGGAGAUGAUGGCGUUCUGCUGCCCCAACAAAUGACUGUUCACCAUCCAGUUUCCACAUCGACUUCCAGCAACAUCCCUUGUAACGCAGCAGACUUGGAGCACACUUGGGCCUUGGAUGCACUCAGAAACUUGGAAUUACUUAAACAGUUACUAUUGCAACAAGUUAAGCUCCUUCAGAAAGAGGAGUCUGAAAACUUCCAGCGUUUCUGCAGUCGGAGUUCCCAGGAGCACGCUGCAGACAGUGACCGACAGCCUGUGUCUUUGGGCCUAAACCACCAGCGAAAGAAAAUCAGAGAGAGCUGUUCUAAUAGACAAUCCUCUUUAAGACAGAAAUCUGAAGAAAGAUGCUCUGAGCAUGGAAGGCUAAGCUCAGAGAUGACUGAUGAAUCUGUGGAAGAGAGCAUAGAACAGUACUUUGAUGCUCAAGAGCUUCACAGCGAGGAGCACUCUAAGGAAUACAGUAAAGAGAGAGGCUUGGACGAGAUGCAAUAUCGGAUAUCAGGGCGGUACUUGAUCCUGGAUGGUUAUGAGAGCAUACAGGAAAGUUCCACGGAUGAAGAUUACAUCUGUCCUGAGUCUUCUACCAGGUGCACAUUUUCUGACCAGCAAUCAAAGAGCAGCUUUUCCUCUGCAACCGAGAGGCUAAGUGCACCCAUCGCGGAGCUUGUUGAGCCUACACCACCGUCUGAGACGUUCAAACGGAUGUUACAUUAUAUUACAAAGAUUGAGACUGACUUACAUCAGCUCAAGGGACUUGAAAAUUAUUAUCAUGCACUCCGAAACAAACUGGCUGCAUCAGGCCUUCUGGAGGAAGAUCCAGAUAUCACAAUGCUUCCUACAGACAAAGGUUGA